AUGGCAGACAAAAAAUGCACGGUUUAUAUUAUUGACGUGGGGCCUACUAUGUGGAAAAAAGAACGAAAACAGGGUGGAAAGGGAUUGGAUUUAACUAAAAAAGCCGUGUUGACAAUGCUCGAGGCAAAAGUAAACAUUUUUUCUUCGUUCGUGGAGAAUAAUGCAGCGAAUUCACAGUUUGACAUCAACUCGCGUCUGCCGUUUUGUGGUGGAGUGAUAGGGGGAUUAAAGACAGACUUGACAAGUUUGAUUGUUUAUGGAACUGACGAGACAAAUAAUUAUAUGAACGAUGAAUCUGGUGGUUACGAAAAUAUAUCCGUACUCUAUCCUAUUGAACAACCUAAACUACCCAUUCUACGGACUGUAAACGAAGAACUUCCUCAUGGAAACCAAGAAUCCGACGCCCUAGAUGCAAUUAGUCUCGCGGUGGAAAUGAUCAAUACGCAUUGUAGAACCCUAAAGUACACAAAAAAGAUAUAUCUUUUGACUGACGGAGAGUCACCUAUAGAUCGAUCAAACCGCGAAAAAAUAGUUGAACAAGCAAAUUCGUCAAAUGUCGAAUUAAACAUAUUAGGAGUAGACUUUGAUGAUGAAGAGUUAGGGUUUUUUGAGAAUAAUAAGUCUGAUAUGAAGAAAAGAAACGAAAAGUUUUUCCGCAAACUUGUUGAUGACUGUCAGCAGGGUACUGUCUUUUCAAUGGAAGAAACGUUACGACAGCUCUCAAAACCUUAUAUAAGAGUAGUGAGACCAACGCCUGUCUAUAAAGGAACUUUGUCUCUUGGCGAUUUUGAAACUAAUCCUCAGUCGUCUCUGGUGUUUAAUGUUGAAAUGUAUAACCGAACGACAAAGGCAAAACUCUUGACAGCAAAAAAAUAUUCGUCUAUCGCUGAAACUUCUACUAGCAAUGAUAAGAAAACAUUUGAAGUAAAUGUUUCCAAAUCCCAUUAUAUAUCCAACAACAAUGAGGCUGUUGAAGUGCAAAUGGAUGAAUUGAACAAGGCGUAUAUUCUGGGAAAGACUUAUGUGCCUGUUGAUGAAUUGAAUGAGGAAAUAUUUAAUUUGCCUACGAAGGAAUCCAUGCAGAUUAUUUGUUUUUUAAAAUCAGAUGAUCUCAAUCGCACGUACUUUAUGUCAAAUGUAUCAGCAAUCUUGCCUCCUAAAGAAGAUCCGAUAAUGGCCCAACGUCUAUCAGCAUUUAUUCAUGCUUUGUAUGAAAAGGAAUCAUACGCAAUAGUUCGCUAUGUGCGUAAGAAUAAUGAAACACCCAAACUUGGGAUACUGAUUCCUUACAUUAAAACACCGAAAGAAUGCUUACAUUUUAUCCGAAUUGCAUUUAGAGAAGAUUACCGAAGGUUUACAUUUCCAUCACUAGAUCGAGUCAUCAGUAAAAGUGGUAAACAAAUUGUAAACCAUCCCUAUUUGCCAACAGAUCAAAUAGAGUAUAAAAUGGGUAAAUUCAUUGAAGGAAUGGAUCUCACGAACUCCUUAACGGAUGAAGAAGGUAAACCAAAGGAACAUUUGAAGGUAAAAGAAUGUUUCAAUCCGAUUAUCCAUCGAACAAAGAGGGCGAUUUGCCAUCGAGCACUUCAUACAGAUGAGUCUAUUCCUUCACCAGACCCAGAAAUGGUUGCGCAAACAAAAUUAAUUCCUUGCUUGAUUGAGAAGAAUAAGGAAUUGAUUGAUGAAUUAAGAGAAAUUUUAAAAAUAAAAAAAGUUAUCAAAGAAAAAGGGAAAACCGGUAAAAGAAGGUUUGCCGAUGCAAAUCGGCCUCCUCAGAUACAUAGUUUGGAUGAAAUUUUGAAUAACGAUGAGUUAGAUACACGAGAAAACGGAAAAAGGGCCAGAACGGAAAAUGACGUCAUCUCGGAUACCUUGUCGCAGCAAGAAAUUGUUCGAGAGGUUGGCACCGUUGAUCCUGUUUCGAAUUUCAAAGCAAUGAUUUUGAAUCGAGAUGAGGAUUUGGUUACAAGUGCGGUGGAACAAAUGUCGGGUGUUAUUUUGCAUUACGUAAAGACUUCUUUUGGUGAAGGAUUAUAUAAGAAAGCAAUAGAAUGCAUGAAAGCAUUGCGUCAGGCUUGUGCGCAGGAAAAUGAGACUUCAAGGUUCAAUGACUUUCUCAAAGAACUUAAAACACUUUGUUUUAACUCUCAACCUCCUAAAACUCACUUUUGGGAGUCGGUGAUCAGAGAAAAAAUAUCCUUAAUUAGCGAGGACGAAGCUCCAGACAGUACCACCACAACACAAGAAGCAGAAUCGUUCCUGAAUGAUACGGCAGAUAAGUCGAAUAUUUCUGCUAUGAAUGACGACGAAGUAGCUACUGAUGACUUG